GUGUAUGGCAACUUCAGCUUACCUGGUGAUAAAUUAGAUUCGGGGCAACGUAUAGGUCGAAUGCAUAGUUGGUCCAGUGCUCCCGCAGAACGAUUAUCUGACGGCUCUACGAAAAGACGCCAUCUUUAUAGCUGAUUAUUGUACGCGUUGUACUGUCCACCGAACGACGCUGUAUAGGCUCUGGACUUGUGCUCUAGAGUCGAUCUGGGUACCUCGUCGCGCGUAGAUGGCAUUGCAUUGGUCAGAAUUCGCGAUAAUUACGAGAGUUCGAGUUACUAGGAUUGCAGCAGAAAGUUAGUGUACCCUGCUGGCAUAAUCACUUACAAUAACUACGACUUCAUUUAUUAUAGGUCCAGCCUGUGAGGUUUAUUACUCGUGACCAACCUAGUGACACCUUUGCCUCCAACAAAAUGCAUUUUUCGAUUAGAUUCAAAGUCCCGACUGAUUUGAUUCGUCGAGAAUUCAGGGACCAGAUGAGCGAAGUGACAUCAGAAUGCGCAUCCCACGUGGAAGUUGAUGUCGCCGUCUCUCCAAAGCAGCAUCUCGGAUCGAUCUUCACUAUGCUGUUUCGGUCCUACCUGCCAGGCUGCUCCUUGGCAUGCGACCAACGUCAGCAGCAGCAGCAGCAGCAGCAGCAGCAGCAGCAGGGAGCGGAGGAUGGUGGGAGGCAGGGAGCGGGGGAAGGUGGGAAGCAGGGAGCGGGGGAAGCGGAUGGCAGGAGCGUGACUGAGGGGAAUGGGACGAAGCAAGUCCGAUUUAUAGCUCGUGGACAAGCCGCGUGCCUCUCUCCUGACGUGACCGUUGAGAAGGCGAAGCUUACAGCAGGGACAGUAAUCAGAGUGGUUCCUGUACAGGCAGCGGACGGAAAAGGACCGGGUAAGGGCGCGGGCAAGGGCGCGGGCAAGGGCGACGGUAUGAAGCGAGCUGAUCCGUCUGCUGCUGCAGUCAAAGGGGCGAAUCUCCAUCCUGCUGCUGCUGCUCCUGCUGCUGCUGCUAGUUCAGCUGGCGUUCCUGCUGCGGCUGCAGCUGCUGCAACUGGAGCGGCGAAUCUUCAUCCUCCUCCUCCCCUUCCUGCUGCUGCUACUAGUUCAGCCGGCGUUCCUGCUGCUGCUGUUGCCGCUGCUGCUGCUGCUGCUUCGCAUUCAGCUGACCCUUUCCAUGGGGACCCUCUCAAUCCUAGCAGCAGCAGCAGCAAUGAUUCGGAGAAACAGAAAGGGAAAGGAAAAGCAGCAGCGCAGAGCAGCAAGAGCAAUCCAGCGCAUGCGUCAGCUGCUGCUGCUGCUGCUGCUGCUGCUGCAGGUGCCAGUUCUUAUUCCCCCCCUGGGACAAGUGGGCCCUGCGGCCCUGCUUGCGCCUAUCUCGGUAAGCUGAACCGCUAUGAGGUGAUCUAUAAGGGCAAGCCCGGAGAAGAGGCCAAAGCGCCCCCCCCCUGGCGGCACAUGCUUCUGCAAGACGAGCAGGCGGUGCAGAAGAAAUGGGACCUCCAACUAAGUGAGGGUGUGAAACGCGAGCAGGCUGCGCCCAAGCCAAAGAGCCGACAGCAAAGGCGGAGGGAGAGAGCGGCCGGCGGGGAAGGGGGAGCCGCGGGGGGGACUCUAGAAGGGCCGGAGGAGAAGCAUCAGCCGCAGCUGCGGCUCAUGUCGCGAGAAGACAUGAUUCACUACGUGGACGUGCGGGCCGCGUGGCUUGCGGCUGAGUGCGCGUGGUGCUUCGACCGUGCGGUGGCCUAUCGGGCCGAGCAUGCUCUUGGCAAGGUCAACCUCAUGUCGUUCCUCCUGCAUCUACAUAGGGGCCAGUCUCCUGCCAUACCCCCUGCUCCCCCGAGUCGACCAGCAGAUGCGAUUUUCAUGUACUCCCAGAGGCUACCGGUGCAGGUGUUACUGGGGGUGAAGGUGCUAGGGGGCCUGGGGGAGCAGUCAGCACCGGUUAUAUAUCAAUACAUCUGGAAGUGUGAGCGGGCGCCUUUGUUUUGUGUGGAGGCGAUGCUUCUGGAGUGGAUGGCUGAGCCUCGUGUGGGCGUGCUCAUGGACUUGAGGGGGAUCAGGUCCCGCCUGCCGGCUAUUCUGGGUGCUACAGAUUCUGCUGCAAAACCUCCUGCUCCCAUCGCUCCUGCUGCUGCUCCAACCGCUGCUGCUCCUGCUGCUCCAGCCGUUGUUUGUGCAGCGUGGUCCUGCUGCUGGCGCUGCAGCAGCUGCUGGGCUGCCUACCGCCGUGCUGUCAGCUUCGCUUCCUUCCUCGUGCUUGUAGCAAGAUCUCCCCGCGUUGUGACUCUAUGGAAGGCCCACAUGGACUCACAGUCUCCCACAUUCACAGCUCUAGUGACCGAGCUGGGGGCGGUCAGGCAAGCAGAGCCAGACUGCUUUGCCUCCAUGCUGGUGCAGAUUCUCGGGGUGAAGGAGACUGCUGAACUCAAGGAAGGGUUUGGGUUCUUCCUGCAGAAUCUGCUGUCAGGCGGCCUUGAGAAGGCCCAUGCGGAGGGGACGGGGGGAACGGGGAAGAAAGCUGCAGCGCUCGGGAAUGCGGGGCCAGUUGCUUUGGCUGCGAUGCGGCUGAUGGGAGGGGGCAGGGGAACGGAAGGCAUGAUGGGUGUCGGGGGCACGGUGGGUGUCGGGGGCACGGUGCCCGACACAGGGGAUGGGGAGGAUGAAGGAGAAGGGGAAGGAGGAGGCGGUCAGGGGGGCAGUCAGGGGGGCGAUGGCUCUAGGGCUGGGCGGUGGAGGGAGCAUCUGAAGGGGCCUGUGUGGGAGAGGUAUGUGGAUGGCAUGGCUUGGAUUCUGGAGCAUGGAGGGGGAAAAGGGAGGGAGUUUAAGUGCAGCCAUUGCAGCGAGGGCAGCAGCAGCUGCAGCAGUGGCUGUGGUGUUGGCAGCAGCAGUAACGGUGGUGGUGGCAGCAGCAACUGUGGUGAAGGUUACAAUGAUGGAAGCAGAAACGUGGAAGGGAGGGACGUUCCCAAGGGCAUGUUCGUGAGCGGCGUGGGAGCCACUGACUUCGCCCUUGCUGUCGCUACAGUGCUCUCCAAGCCAGAGCACUGUGAGGAUCAGGCAUAUGUCAUUGAUGGGAACAACGCCAGCAAGACAAAAUUGGAGAAUACAGCGAUUCAGGAAGCCAGGAGCAGGCUGAGAAGAGGGAUGGGAGAAAAAGGGAGAGCAGGGGGAGCAAGAGCCACCGACCGAGCAGCAGAGGAGGUAGCAGCAGACUCUUUUGGUAACUAUAGCGCUUCUGAUGCCACCAUUGCAUGUGGCGUUGGCACUGCUGCUGCCACCACUUCGUCCCCUGCCACCAGUGCUUCUACUACUGCUGCUACCUCCUCUUCGCCCACCAGUGCUGUUACGGCCACCAGUGGUUUCUCUGCAACUGCAUCCAUUCAACCUGCUGCGAUCCCCGCCCCUGGACUCGUGCCUGUCAACACACAUCCUGCUAUGGCCGUCCUAACUUAUCGAGUCGGGUGCAUCUUGCAGUGGGUGCGAUUCUACAGCUCAGAUUUCAUCUCUGAGAAGCAUUGCUUCAAGGACGACCCACAAGGCCGGGUCCUGCCCAUGCGCCACCCGCUUCGGGACCUUCCGAGCCUGCUGCUCAGGCACAAAGCAAUCCCCAAGCCUCUGGAGGGAAGCUGCUUUUCCCUGGAGUGGGAGGAGUGGCCUCAGGGCGAUGAAGCUGCUGUGAAAUUUCCAGAAGACCCGAGUGCUCGUUUCUUUGGACUGGGUAUUGUGGAAGGUGGGGCAGCAGAGGAAGGUGGGCAGACGCCAUCCGAGCAGGCAGAUAGAGCAGGAGGGAAGGACAAGGCUGGGAGGGGGCGAGGAGGGAGGGUGAGAGGAGGGAAGGGGAGUGCCAGCAAGAGGGUUGAACAGGGGGGUGAAAGGAUGGCUGGGCAUGGGAGGGGGCAGGGAGACUCGCAGGAUUCGCCCACAUCCUCAUUGCUGACAGCACACAAAAGGAGGCGGCCCAUCAUUCGCUGCAGGGCGGAUGCGGAUUUUGUGCUGGAGAUUCUCGGGCCCAUGAUCAUUCCCCCACAGUGCAGCCAUUGCCUCAAGUGCCUCCAGACCUUCGUCUACCACAUCCCCACCUGUGCUCUCAUCGCCAAUUUCGCCUACCGCCCCGUCGAGGUUCUCUUCACCCGCUUUAUCUCCACGUUUCCCCCGCACACCCCUGAGUUCGCUCAGCUGCUGCAGGCUCUCCUGCUGCGGUCGCCGCUCACUCCGGAGGAGACUCCUGCGGGCAUGAGGAAGGUUGGGGCGCGCCAGAGAGCAGAGCAGGCGCUUGGGUGCACUAGAAUCUCAGGCACACAUGAGGAGAUUGUGAUUCGGCAGCGGGCCGAGCAGCUGGCUGAGCUGACUAGGAUUCCAGGGCUGAGGGAGAGGGUGAUGCGAGACAGGGCGCAGCAAAUGCCCGUGUUCUUCUUGCUGGGCGUGGCCGUGUACCAUGCCAAGCCCAUCAUGGGUAUUGAUGACUCUGAAGAGUUGGUUGGAAACAGGGAAGUUAUCGGUAGAGGAGUGGAGAGGAAGGGUGAGAAGAAAGGGGGGAGGGGAGGCAGGGUGGGGGGUGUGGGCGGUGUGGAGGAGGAGGAGGACGAUGGGGAGGUGUGGCAGGAGGUGCGGGCGUGGUGCAACUCUAUGUUCACUGCGUGGCGGGUCAGCACGAAGAUCACAGGGCCGGGGUUGGAUGUGUCAUGCACCAGGGGUAGCAGCGGCGUGCUGCAGAGGGAGCCUGGAGCGCCCAUGUCAAGGGAGUGGGGCGUUGACAUGUGGAGCCGGGCUGCACAGCCGAGGUUCUGGGAAGACAUGCCCGACCAAGCUGGGUCCGCCAGCGGCUGUGGUAGCAGCAGUGGAAACAGCAGCAUCAAGAGUAUCAGCACGAGCAGUAGUGACACGAGCAUGGGGAGCAGCAGCAUCAGCGGUGGCGACAGCGGCAGCAACAGUGUGGGGAAGGGAGAGAAGGAGGAGGUGCCCGCUUAUUUGAAGCCAUGGCCAGGGGGGAUCAAUCUUUUGGCAUGUCUGCGGGAGAUGCUACUGGGGCAGCCGUGCUACCGCCCUGCCUCGCAUGUUGCACCUUCAACCCAUGCUGGUGCUGCACCUAGCUCUGCCGUCCCUUCUCCUGCUGCGUCUUCCACCCCUGCUGCUCCACCCGUUGGACUUGCACGAAACAGUGCAUUCGUGUCAGCUGCAGAAGGAUCUCGUCCUGCUGCUUGUGGGGGACGUAUGUGCGGUGCUAAAGGGUGUGGGAGAGCGGAGGGUGGUGGUGUGAAGCUGAAAAACUGCUCUGGGUGUGGCAAGGUGGCGUAUUGCAACAGAGACUGCCAAAAGGCGCACUGGCCCUCCCACAAGCUCGCAUGCAAAUCAAAUCCCAGCAACAAGCAGCUGUGAGGGUAACCACUCAUAACCCUUGCCUCAGGGCAAGGGCUAAAGCCAGAUGUACCCUUUCUAGUAAAAAACAAAUUCCGGCUACUCAAGGUUUUCUGAAUCGAAGCCUGGUUAUGAGCCUGUGUUGGAAACCAUUGUUAGUAUUGGGCUGAGAAAGGCCCUUAGGAUCUUUCCAGAGACUAAGUCCCAGUUGUAAAAAUGUAAUUUUUUGAAAG